AUGGUUGUUAAAGAGAAUAAAGAAGGGGAAUCUGAAUUAAUUUUACUUGAUGAUAUUAUUAAAAAAUCACAAGAAUUAGAUUUCGAUGCCAAAGAAAGAAUACUUCUACCUUGUCCUCUUCAGUGUCCCGCUCAAAGCAAGUUUAAGAUAUGGUUAUUGUAA